GCCCUUCCUCUUCAGUUUAGUGUUGAGACUCAUGUUAGUAAGAUCUUCACAUCGGUUUUUAUGAUAUAAGAUUUUAAAUUUUAUAUCAUGUAUACUCUUGAAGAUGAUCAAUAUGAUGAUGAAGACGCGGAGGAAAUUUCGUCGAAACUUUGGCAAGAAGCCUGCUGGAUUGUUAUUAACGCGUAUUUUGAUGAGAAAGGUCUUGUACGCCAACAAUUGGAUAGUUUUGAUGAAUUUAUCGAAAUGUCUGUUCAACGUAUCGUAGAAGACUCACCACAAAUUGACUUACAAGCUGAGGCACAACAUACCACAGGCGAGAUCGAAAAUCCGGUGAGACAUUUGUUGAAAUUUGAACAGAUUUAUUUAUCUAAACCUACCCAUUGGGAGAAAGAUGGCGCACCAUCUCCUAUGAUGCCUAAUGAGGCCAGACUUAGGAAUCUGACAUAUUCAGCCCCAUUGUAUGUAGACAUUACCAAAACAAUCAUGAAGGAUGGUGAGGAACCCAUAGAAACACAACAUCAAAAAACAUUUAUUGGGAAAAUACCGAUUAUGUUAAGAUCAAAGUACUGUCUGUUGGCUGGCUUAUCCGAUCGUGAUUUAACAGAAUUGAAUGAGUGUCCUUUAGAUCCAGGUGGAUAUUUCAUUAUAAAUGGCUCAGAGAAGGUUCUUAUAGCACAAGAGAAAAUGGCUACAAACACGGUCUAUGUGUUUAGCAUGAAAGAUGGGAAAUAUGCGUACAAGGCAGAAAUCAGAUCGUGUUUAGAACACAGCUCACGCCCUACGUCAACUUUAUGGAUUAAUAUGAUGGCCAAAAGUGGAGCUAGUAUUAAAAAGUCUGCCAUAGGUCAACGUAUUGUCGCCAUUAUACCAUACGUAAAACAAGAGAUUCCUAUCAUGGUCGUUUUCCGUGCUCUCGGAUUCGUCGCAGAUCGCGACAUCUUGGAACACAUCAUAUACGACUUCGACGACCCCGAGAUGAUGGAAAUGGUGAAACCGUCCUUGGACGAAGCUUUCGUUAUACAGGAGCAGAAUGUUGCUCUGAAUUUCAUUGGUACAAGAGGUGCCCGGGCUGGUGUGACCAAGGAAAAGCGUAUCAAAUACGCCAGGGAGAUCUUGCAGAAAGAAAUGUUGCCACACGUUGGCAUAAGCGACUUCUGUGAAACUAAGAAAGCCUAUUUCCUCGGCUACAUGGUGCACAGAUUACUAUCGGCGUCCUUAGGACGAAGGGAAUUAGACGAUAGGGAUCAUUACGGCAACAAACGAUUGGACUUGGCUGGACCUUUGCUAGCGUUCCUUUUCCGCGCUCUCUUUAAGAACUUGAUGAAGGAGGUACGUUUGUACGCGCAGAAGUUUAUCGACAGAGGCAAGGACUUCAAUCUAGAAUUGGCUAUCAAGACAAAAAUCAUCACCGACGGUUUGAGAUACUCGCUCGCCACCGGCAACUGGGGUGAUCAAAAGAAGGCGCAUCAGGCGAGAGCAGGUGUGUCGCAGGUAUUGAACAGGCUGACUUUCGCGUCAACGUUGUCGCAUCUUAGACGAGUGAACUCCCCAAUUGGCAGAGACGGCAAAUUAGCCAAGCCCCGUCAAUUGCACAACACCUUAUGGGGUAUGCUCUGCCCCGCGGAAACUCCCGAGGGUGCUGCUGUAGGACUAGUGAAAAACUUGGCCCUGAUGGCUUACAUCAGCGUCGGCUCGCAGCCUUCGCCGAUCCUCGAGUUCUUGGAGGAGUGGUCGAUGGAGAAUCUCGAGGAGAUCGCGCCUAGCGCGAUCGCCGACGCUACGAAGAUAUUCGUGAACGGAUGCUGGGUCGGCAUCCACAGAGAUCCGGACCAACUGAUGGCUACUUUGCGCAAGUUGAGACGGCAGAUGGACAUCAUUGUGUCAGAAGUGUCGAUGAUCCGCGACAUCAGGGACCGUGAGAUAAGAAUAUACACGGACGCGGGUAGGAUCAGUAGGCCUUUGCUCAUAGUGGAGGGACAGAAUUUGCUGUUAAAGAAGAGGCACAUCGACAUGCUGAAGGAAAGGGACUAUAACAACGACGGGUGGCAGGAAUUAGUAGGUAGUGGAGUAGUGGAAUACAUAGACACUCUGGAAGAAGAGACCGUCAUGAUCGCCAUGUCACCUGAUGAUCUCCGGCAAGAGAAAGAGUACGCCUAUUGUACGACAUACACACAUUGCGAGAUUCAUCCGGCGAUGAUCCUGGGUGUCUGCGCUUCCAUCAUACCUUUCCCCGAUCACAAUCAGAGUCCUAGAAAUACUUAUCAGAGCGCUAUGGGUAAACAAGCUAUGGGCGUGUAUAUCACGAAUUUCCACGUGCGUAUGGACACUUUAGCUCACGUGCUGUAUUAUCCUCACAAACCGUUGGUCACCACAAGAUCCAUGGAGUAUCUUAGAUUCCGCGAGCUACCAGCGGGUAUCAAUAGCAUCGUUGCGAUCUUGUGUUAUACAGGAUAUAAUCAGGAGGAUAGCGUCAUUUUGAACGCCAGCGCCGUCGAGAGAGGCUUUUUCAGAUCAGUAUUUUACCGCUCUUACAAGGAGGCCGAGUCGAAGAAGAUCGGCGACCAAGAAGAGCAAUUUGAGAAACCGUCGCGCUUAACUUGCCAAGGGAUGCGCAAUGCCAUAUAUGAUAAGUUGGACGACGAUGGAAUAAUUGCGCCUGGAAUUCGAGUAUCCGGCGACGACGUGAUUAUAGGCAAAACAAUCACUUUGCCAGAAACGGACGACGAACUGGACAGCACGACGAAACGUUUCACAAAGCGCGAUGCAUCGACAUUUUUGCGAAAUAGUGAAACUGGUAUAGUUGAUCAGGUAAUGCUAACAUUGAAUAGCGAGGGGUACAAGUUCUGCAAGAUUCGUGUGCGCAGCGUACGUAUCCCGCAGAUAGGCGACAAAUUUGCGUCGCGUCACGGGCAAAAAGGAACAUGCGGCAUUCAGUAUAGACAAGAGGACAUGCCAUUCUCCUGCGAGGGUCUUACGCCCGAUAUUAUUAUCAAUCCCCACGCUAUUCCUUCUCGUAUGACAAUUGGUCACUUGAUCGAGUGUAUACAGGGAAAAGUGUCCGCAAACAAGGGAGAGAUCGGUGACGCGACGCCGUUUAACGACGCUGUGAACGUGCAGAAGAUCUCCACGCUUCUGCAGGAAUACGGUUACCAGUUGCGAGGAAACGAGGUCAUGUACAAUGGACAUACGGGUCGCAAGAUCAAUGCGCAGGUGUUUUUAGGACCGACUUAUUAUCAACGUUUGAAGCAUAUGGUGGACGAUAAGAUUCACAGUAGAGCAAGAGGACCAGUGCAGAUUUUAGUUCGACAACCUAUGGAAGGUCGAGCGAGGGAUGGUGGACUUCGUUUCGGAGAAAUGGAACGAGACUGUCAAAUUUCUCACGGUGCAGCGCAGUUUCUGAGAGAGCGUCUAUUUGAAGUAUCGGAUCCUUAUCGGAUUCACAUUUGUAAUUUCUGUGGCCUGAUUGCUAUCGCGAAUUUACGGAACAACACAUUCGAAUGUAAGGGAUGUAAAAAUAAAACACAAAUUUCGCAAAUUCGAUUGCCAUACGCGGCUAAGUUACUCUUCCAGGAACUUAUGGCAAUGAAUAUUGCGCCUAGACUAAUGACUACGUAAGCACAAUGUAAAAAAUGAUGAUUUCAAUAAAAUUAAAGACAUAAUA